CUAGCCGAUGGGUUCGGAAAGUUCUAAAAGUACCGUGGAACGAGUCGUCGUAACUGAAUCACAACUAAUAGGAUUUGAGGUGAAUAGGAAGUUAUUUUUCUGGAUAAUUUUGCUUAUAUCCGUUGUGGCACUUUUGGGCAAUCUUUUAACCGUAAGGACUGUUAUUUAUAGGAAAUACAAGUUCCUUCAAAAAACAUGCAUCAUUUCCUUAGCCGUUUCGGACAUCCUUACUGUCACACUUUUUGCCAUGAAUAAUUUAGAAUUGCUCAGAAAGAAACCAAUGACAUGGAUCUACGGCGAAAGCAUGUGUCACGGUAUACCCAUAGGUCAAAUUUUAGGCAACCUAACCAGCUCUUUGGCCCUAUUAGUUAUAGCUGUGGACAGGUACCACAACGUCAUACACGCCUUAAGCAAAAAAUGGAAUCCAGCUCUAUGGAAAUGCCUCACAGGAGCUUUAAUUCUAUGGAUAAUAUGCUUAGGAUUAUCCUAUCCAGUAGUCACAUUUUAUCUUUACAUCCCUAUAAUUCUUGAAGGCGAAUACACGGCUAUGUGUUCGGGAGCUCCAGUGACAAAAUCCGUAAUAUUCAUCUACUACAUUUGCAUGAACUGUUUGUUUUUUAUUCCAAUAGUCACCAUGUUUUUUUGGUUUUACUAUAAAAUCGCCUUGUUGAUAUGGCGUCAUAGGAAACCACCUGCAGACAGUUACAAUCACCCGGAAAUUACUGAAACUUCCACUGGCACAAAACCAGAUUUUUCGACCAACGGUAAACUAGUGGCUAAAAAGAAAAAUAUGCAAAUGGAACGGAAAAUACGCAGCUUCAAAAUAGUUUUAGCUCUAAUUGUAGCUUUUAUUGGAUGCAGAUUACCAUAUUGGAUGCUGCUGCUUUAUCAGCAAGCAAACGUAGUUGACAAAAAUCUAAUGUGGACCAUGAGAUUUUCAGCUAUAUCGUUGUAUUUGUUGAAUUGCGCCCUGAAUCCUUUUUUGUAUACAUUUUUGAAUAUCACAAUAAUAAUUUGCAAAAAAGCUAAGAAAUUUUUAACAACCACUUUGUGUUGUUGGUUCUCGAAUUCGGACUUUGAAGACUUUGAAACUGGUAAAGGUAUGGAGUGCGGUUUUGCCGCAAAUGAUAACAAUAAUGAAAAGUCGAGUGCUGUACCGGUUAAAUUUAUUGAUGUGCCUAAGUUUAAUCAAAGAGAAAUAAACUAA